UUUAUGGUAUGCAUUCAGAGAAGUAUUUAUUCUCUAUAAAAUUGAAAAUUAUCAUAUGAGUUUUAUUAUAACAUUAAAAAUCCUACUUUCAGAAAUUUCAACUACCCAGCUUCAAGCAUGUCCUGAAACAACAUGUUCUCAAGCUGAAGAAAAAGCAGACAAGAACCUUUCUUCUCAUCUCAAUACUGAACAGUCUUUAAAUAUGGGAGAAACAACACAACAAUCCCUCACGGAGAAGGUGCCAGUUCAUGCAAGUCCCAACCUCACUAUUCUUCCUAUAAGAGAUAACACUCACGCAAGUGCUAAAAUAUUUGAAGAGGAAGAUGAAGAGGAAGAGGAAGACAGCUUGAUAACAUCCCGACGUCCCCGAAAUGGAAAGAAAGUUAGCAGUUCUUUACCAGAGAAAAAGCUUGAAAACUCUACUGAUGGUGACCCACGUGUGCCCCCAGAAACAACCGUUUCGAGUGAACAAACGUCAACAAGCCUUAACCAAACUCCUUCAUCUAAUAUUCCCAAGCAUUCUGAUGGUAAGUUUCCUUGCUGUCUUCUUAUAUUGACACUUCAUUCAAUCAUUGUAGUGUCAAACUUGCCAAAACUAUAUAUCGAGACUACCUUAUCAAGCAAAGACAGAUGUUGCUAUAAGAAGUACCAUUGA